GUCUAUGUGCAUUACCAAGACCUGCGUGACCUCAACACAGGCUUUGACAGCUUUGAGUCUUUGGACCUUCUGAGCGCUUCUCAAGUUGCUCAACUGACACAACACUCUGGAGCGCUGAACAACGCACACCUGAUAGAAAUGGUCUUUGACCGUCUAGAGGGCGGCAACUCUUUCCUUGAUAUUGAAGAGUUCUUCGAGGCUUUCACCCAGACCUCACAGGAUUUGGACAUCAAUCCUGUGGUGAGGGACAUCAUGAUGAAUCGAACCUUCACCAUCAUCAAUCUUCACUUUGCCGAAUUCCUGAGCCACGACUGGGUUUCCUGGUUCACGGUGAAACUGGUUCCUCUCCUCCCCAGCUUGACUGCAGAGAUGCUCCAGACAGUAACAUCAAACACAGACUGCAACGCAUACCAUGUCAUCGUUGGUGCUCUGAGCAGCGUCUUUGAUCAGAUGAAUUCGCUGAGACAGCAGGAGCUCACCCCAGUCAUGUUGGGCUACCUGAAGCAGAGUCACCCGUGGAGCUCAACCUGUGGGUCCGGCACCGGCAGCCUCAGCACUUGGCUUGAGGAGAGCUUUGGCAAGUUCUCCAUCUAUGUGGAUUACCAAGACCUGCGUGACCUCAACACAGGCUUUGACAGCUUUGAGUCUUUGGACCUUCUGAGCGCUUCUCAAGUUGCUCAGCUGACACUACACUCUGGAGCGCAGAACAACGCACACCUGAUAGAAAUGGUCUUUGAUCGUCUAGAGGGCGGCAACUCUUUCCUUGAUAUUGAAGAGUUCUUCGAGGCUUUCACCCAGACCUCACAG